AUGUCUAGGAGGACGUCGCAGGAGAUAACCGGGAAAGAGAUCUCGCACCGCCUAUGCGAGUCUUCGGAGCCGUGCUACAAGGUAGCCUGGGGCGUGAUGUUCGGCCAGGCGUGCUUCGCCAAAGUUCGUGCCAACCACCGCCGCCUGCAGCAGAUGCCCAACGGGAAGCAGGACGUCGUGGACGACAAAAAGCAGAUGAUCGAGGAUCCUGGCACCUGGCGCAGGCAAGAGUUCUUCAGAUCUGACGAUCACAGGGCGCAACAGAAGGCGCUGGCCCGCGUCGCCGCGAACUUCACCGAGCAGUCGAAGAUCCACCAGACCGUGGACGUGCAGGACGACGUCGGCGUGACAAAGAGGAAGUACAAGCAGCUCAGGACACGAGGGAGGGAGGAGUCUGACAACGAUCUUGACUCAGCUGAGCUCUCGGAUGACUUCGACGAGCUGCGCGAUCGCCAAGUGGUCGAGGACGCUCACGACAUGACGGACGCCUGCAACCGCAAGCUGGUCUGCGUGAAAGAUUGCCCCCGUCACCGCCGACUCUCGGGCCACCAGACUUUGGAAGGGGCCGGGCGCGGUGGCGGUGGCGACGUCGGCGGUGGUCCGUCUUCGUCCUGCGGCACAGAGCGCACUCGUGGGCGGACGGGGCCAGUGGGCGACGAUGUUCAUGACUGCGACCCGCCUGGCAAGAAGCUCAAGGGCAGCAAGAGUGGUGCUGCUGGUGCUGCGCUUCCAGACGACGGCGAGGGGAAGACCGAGGGCGUCAAGUUCCUCGAGCAGCGCCAGUCCCUCGUCCAGACCUUGACGGCCGUGGCAGCUCAGCUCGGGAGCUCCAAGGGGGUGAAGUCCAGCGUGCAGGCGAUGGCCAUCGACGGCGACCUGCUCCCUUUGCAGCCCGCGGCCUUGGAGGGGGGCAUCAGCGCGACCCUCGAUGAUAUCAAGAAGCAGCUGGACAACGCCAAAAAGGUCAAACCCCACGAGAUCAGCGGGUGCAUGGACAGCGUGGCGGCGCUGCAGGCACAGCUGAAAGACCUCGCCAAGAGGAGGGGCGAGCUCAGGUCGGCCGUGAACUUCUGCGUGAAGGAGGUCCGCGAUAAGGAGCGCGCGGACGGUCAGAAGGUUUACUGGGCCAAGUACUCCAUCGAGAAGCGCCUGAUCAACGGUGGCUUCGGCAAGCUGCACGGCAAGAAGUUGAGCCAGGUGAUCUACGCGCUGCAGGGCGCCGAGGGUGACGUCGUCGCCCAAUGCCCUGGGAUUGAGGACGACGGCCGCCAGACCUUCAUGUCGUUGGAGAUCGGGAAGCCGCAGGGGGAAGUCGACUUGGAGAGGUUCGGGUUUUGGCCCACUGGGCACGAGACCAUCGCAGAGCUCGCCAAGAUCUACGGCGACAGCCAGGUGGUCAAAGACAAGAUGGCAGCGAUGCAGGCUGCGCUGACCAGCAAUCCAUCGUGGGCAGGGGCCGUCGCGAACAGCGAGGGGCUGACUGACGCCGAGGAGCUCAAACGCAUCUUCGGCCAGGUCGGCACAGGAGACGGGUGCGAGCCCUGGCUGCUCUCAGGCCGCAUGGGCUGCUGCCGUCAUGGGCCCUCCGCCUUCGCGCUGCCGGGCGUCGCGGCCAUGGUCUAUACAACAGAGAAGCCGGUUCAUUUCCAGUUGUCCGAGGUUGGCCCCAUCCUCGAGAAAGGCUUCUGCAUCAAGGAGUAUGCGAAGUACUUGGAGUCAAGUGAUGGCCAGAGUUUCCUCGAUGCGAAUGCGUGGGCGGUUCGCCUGCAGCCCUUCUCGUUCUUCUACAUGCCUGACGGUUUCAUUGUGCUGUGGGUGUACUACGCAGAUGAUAGGAAGGGCUCCAUGCCAGAUGGCGGCGCCGAGCCCAAACCGACAGGCAAGAAGGCCAAAGCAACAGUCAGGGCUUUCGACAAAGCCGCCGACGCUGCCUUCCUCGUCUCGGUGCCUGUGUUCACGGACGCGUCCAAGCAGCUCGAGCCAAAGGUUCGCAAGGCCAUUCACUCGUACAACAUGGAGGUGAUCAAGAGCAAGGGCAAGGAUCCCAAGUGGGAGAACCGCGGCAUGAAGCUGGACGAGUACUUCAAA